CCAAAAACAAGAGCAGCCCAAAAACUCGCCUUAAAGGAGCGAUUUUCCAAAUUGGAAGGCUUAACUAGGGUUUUAGCACAACUCUCCUCCAUUCACUUCUGCUUGUUGAAGCUCUGCUUGCGAAAACAUGCCCAAAUCAAAGCGCAAUCGCCCAGUCACUCUGUCAAAGACAAAGAAGAAGGGAAAGGAGCACAAAGAAAACGUGUUGAAUACGAUACGCGAUGCCGUUGACAAGUACGAGUCUGCCUAUGUUUUUGCUUUCGAAAACAUGAGGAAUCUCAAGUUCAAGGGUUUUAAAGAGAAGUUGAAGUCUUCAAGCAGAUUUUUUCUUGGAUCAAACAAAGUUAUGCAAGUUGCAUUAGGUAGGUCUGCUUCUGAUGAGAUUAGACCGGGCCUGCACAAGAUUUCAAAGCUUCUUCGUGGGGAUACUGGACUCUUUUUAACUAAUUUGCCAAAAGAAGAAGUGAAAAGAAUAUUUGAUGAAUAUGAAGAUUAUGACUUUGCUAGAACUGGAACUGUUGCAACAGAAAAGGUGGAGCUUAAUGAAGGUCCUCUUGAUCAGUUCACACAUGAAAUGGAGCCUUUCUUGCGCAAGCAGGGGAUGCCUGUUCGUUUGAAUAAAGGAGUAGUAGAGCUCGUUUCAGACUUCGUUGUAUGCGAAGAAGGAAAACAAUUAUCACCUGAGUCAUCUCGAAUACUGCGUCUCUUGGGAAUCAAGAUGGCUACGUUUAAACUCAACUUAAUAUGUCGGUGGAGUUCAGACGAUUUUGAGAUUUACAGAGAAGGUUUGGAAGAUUCAGACAUUGAAUCCUCGUAGAAUCAUUGGGAUGGGAAAGAGUCACGGGACAGUGUUCAGUCAAAGCGACUUAUUUGAAGUUCUUGAUGCUCUGCUGCUGUAUCCUUGAGGUUUUGUUCCAAUGUUCAAGUUGAAGAUCUGUAAUCGACCUCGAUUUUUUGUUUAGAGAUUUUAUGUACUACUACUAUUUACAGGCUUAAAAUAUUUCAGCUGUUGUAGAAAAAUCUUAAUUGUUUCAAUUUUUGUCUAUUUUCUGGAACAAUGAGUGAAAAAUAGCUGUCUUCUGUUUAGUACUUACUUUACAUGUUUGAAUGCUGAAAAUAUCCAUUUGGAUUUUUUCCUUA